AAUUGUAUUGGUAUUUGGUUUACUUUAUUUUGUAAAUUAUAUUGAAUUUUUUUAUUAUACGUAACGUUACCGAACAUAUACAUUAUUUUUUGUUGUUCAUUGAACUGUUUGAUGUAACAUAGUUACAUACGAAAGUUAUUAUAAAUAAACUGUCUUGCAUACAUUGCAAUAAUUGUAUUUGUAACUACCCAGUAACUAUUAAAAACCAUUGCACAAAUAUGAAAGAAAUAGUCUCAGUAUUUCAACAAGAGUAUAUAAUAAUGGCUGAAUAUCGAAUGUUACAAACAGAAAAUCUUCAAGGAAUAUAUACCAUACCAUCAUAUGAAAAUUCUCUGUUGUGGUAUGGGGUGAUAUUUGUGCGCUCUGGCUUGUAUGCUGGAGGUGUGUUUAGAUUUACAUUACAGUUGCCAGAUAAUUUUCCCGAUGAUAAAGUUCCAGUGCUCACCUUUACAUCACAACUAUAUCAUCCUGCUGUUGAUGUAAACACUGGUAUAUUACGUUUAAGUGAAGUGUUUUCACAUUGGGAUAGAAAACAAAACCAUAUCUGGCAAAUAUUGAAAUACUUACAUUGGAUUUUCUAUAAUAUGAAUUUGAAAGUACCAGCUAAUAGUGAAGUAUUCAAUUUAUUUAAAACAAACAGAAAAGCAUUUGUGGAAAAAGUAAAAGAAUGUGUUGCAUCAAGUCUGGAACAUCUGUACGAUGACCCACCAACUGAAGACAAACAUUAUAUCACAUUUAAACCAUAUGAUUCAAUGGUACAUGACACAGCUAAAAAUGCUAUGUUGCGACAUAAGGAUAAUGAUGAAAGCUCCCAUGGCAUUUCUUGGGUGCAACCUGGGUCCUGUGAUCCUUUUUCAAAGGUAGAAAAUAUAUAACAUGUUUCAUAUAUUUAUUACUUUAAGGUACAAAAAUGAUAUGUUAGAAUAAGAUAAAUAUUGUUUUUAUAACUUUUCUUUGGGGAAAAUCACAGAACUUGCUUCUACAGCAUGUAAAAAUGAUUAAAGUAUAAAUAUAUAUACACAUAAUUUAAUAUAUUUUUAUACUCAUUAUUAAAAUGCUCCCAUAAUGCCUUUAUUUAUUUACUGUGUGAACAACUCCUGUUGUUAUUUAUUAGUUUACAUUUUAACAUUCUUAAGUGUCAUAUUUUUGACCUAGAUGAGUCGAGUGAUUUGUUUUGAUAUCCCUACUAAUAUUAUAAAUGUGAAUGUAAGAUUGUUUGUUACACUUUCACGCCUAAACCACUGAAACAAUUUUGGAAUUGACUAUCACAUAUCUAAUUUGUGGAUGCAGCUUCUGGUUUUAACAACAACAGAGUUUCAAAUGCCGGCUAUGUCAAUUUUCUUCUCUGAAGUAUGUGAUGUAAUUUGUAAGAGGGUGAAAGACCAAACACAUGUAGUAUUAAUCAACUAUUUAUUUAUUCUGUUAGGGGUACUAUUGUCAGAACUGUUUCAUCAUAUCUGCCGGAAUAUCUACUGCUGCAUAAAAGCCACCCCCAAAGAUCUCAGAUCGGCCCUGCACUACUCUCAUUCAAUGUAUUCCAGCAAUGUUGAACCAGUACAUUGGUCCAUCUUGGUGGUGGAGGUGGGAGGUCUGCCAACACUGCGUCUUCCGGUACACAGUCACCAUUCAAGGACUUUACUGCCCCAACAGACAUCUGUCAAUAAAACUAUGUGCCCUCCCCACUGCCACUUCAGUUUUGCAAUCAUGGCUAUGUUUAUAUAUACUUUUUACUAUACUUUGGUUCUCAUACAGAUCUCAUUUCUGAUUCAGUCUCACAGGUAAAUUCCGAGCCCUCUACAAUGCCCUCUGAGCUUCUGUUCGGUUCUGAUGAGAAAGCUCUCAUCAGAACCCUUUAUUGUUACAAAGACUCCUGAAGGCAUUCCUGUUCGAAUUCGUUCUAUUUCAUUGAAUUGGCUUGGGACAAUCCAAUGCAUUGGCCUGGUUUAUUGAAUUGUCUUGUCAAUGGCCCAUUAGGAGAUAUGAAAUAUUAUUAUAGUUACUGUACUUAUAUAUUGUAAUGCUAAGCACAAAUAUGUUUCUCAGUGACAGCACCUUUCAACUUCAAAUAGUGGUCAUAUUAAAAAAAUCUAAGUGAUAUAGAAUUUGUUUAUAGUUCGCUUAGCGCCACAGUAAAGUAGAUGGUAAUCUCAAGGAUAAAUAUAAAUGUUGUUAAGUUAAACACAGCCUUAUUCAAACAUUGUUUUUAUAUUAUUAGGAAAAUGUCCAAAACCAUUAAUAUAAAUAUUGAUGUCUGUGAUUAAAGUUGUUACACAUAUUAUUUUAUUUAUACCUACUACUUCUACAAGGUUACAAUGUCAUGUACAAAUUAUAAAUAAGUAGUUCAAUUUGCGAGAGAGUAUGACUUGUUUACUCGAAAAUCAACAUUUAAUUUUUUUUAAGGAGUAACAUGAAUAUUAUAAUGUAAAUUUAUUGUAAUGUUUCAAAGAAACAGGAGACAAGGUUGACAACAAAACACAGAAAUAUAUUUUAUGGUAAAUAAAUAGAAUAACAACAUAAUUUCUGAAUUUGUGCAUACAUUCAACAAUUUUGUUUAUGUGAAACAUAAAUUUCAGAGUAUUAUAUAUAGUAUGUAAUAUGUAAUGAUACAUCAUUGUUACAAGAUAUUAAAUAAAUAUUCUGCCGUUUAA